AUGCAAAAUAUUUAAAUUGUAUUUUUUGGAAAGGGAACAGCAAUAGUGAAUUAGCUUUCUAAUAGUUAGCAACUUAUCAUUUGUGGUGAUUUUAACUAUUUUUAAAAAUAUUAGAAAUUCGUUAAUUUCUUUGAUAAACUCAAAGCAAGUUUGAAUUAUGAAAGAAUGAAUUCUUCAAUAUCCUAAAAUCAACUCUAAUCCUCCAUUAGCAACAAAGAGAUGGAGAAAUAUUUAAUUGGUUCAUUAAUGAUGAUAAAAAUUAUGUACAGGAAAAGAAAUAUUCACUAAUUGCAUAGAAAUAUUAGAUAAAUUAUCAAGCAUUGAGCA